UUACAGGUUGUGCUCAUUAGGAGGCGCUCGUGUUGUCUCUACAUGAAGGGCGCCUAAUGGUGGCCAUAGCUGCAUAGGGACGUUACAUAAAGCCGGUGCGGAGAUGCUGCUGGAUUUUCAGGUCACUUUUAACCUGCAUAGAGAUGUCUUGCCUUGGGUUUCCACUCAAGGAAGUCCAGUUUCUGAUACCUUAGAGAAGACCUCAAGAACGUUAAGGAUAAUUAAUGUAGAGAGAGGUGGGAACGUCUUGUAUACUUGGAAGGGAGUAGAGGGUUUCACAAAUGUCGGCCUAUAUGAUGCUCUUGCCAAACAAAAUGAGCUGUUGUAUUCUUUUGAUAGUGAAGUUAAUAUUAUAAGUGCUUCAGUGAACAGUGAGAGAACUUUACUUGCCUUAAGUUAUUGCCAUCCUACAUGUGAAACUCAAAGUCGAGUUCUGUCACCAGGUUCCAGAUAUUUGGGUGUACUUAUUGAAAUAAAACCCAUCAACAAUGUAAAAGUUCUCAAAGCAGUCGAUGGCAGCAUUCGAGUGCAGUUUUUAUGUCCAGAUAAAGAUGUGUACACCUUCAAUGAGAGUUACCUGCUGGUAGUGUCAGAGGAAAAAUAUAUUGAUCAGUUUCAUAUAAGCAUUGGUAAGGAAGAUGGAAAGAGAGUGGUUAUUAAAAAUACCGGUCAAAUUCCUAAGGACAGAAUCGUGGAAGACUUUGUGUGGGCACAAUGGGAUAUGACUGACCAAAUGCUGUUUUAUAUUGUUCCUAAGUGUUCCAGUUGUGUUUUGCAUUGUAUCCAGUUUCAUUCAGAUGGAAAUUUUACAUUUAUGCUUGAAAUUCCACUUGAAAUCUCCCUAGCUGACCAAGGUGUGAGUCUGGUCAAUUUGGGAUAUGAUCCCCCUGAAGAAAGAGGAAGGGGAAAAAUUGUGACUCAAAAUCUACAGGUGUUUACUAAUAAAACAGGCGGUUUAUGUCUAUUUUAUUAUCAGCCUCCAAAGGUUCUGCAAGAGUUGACUUACAUGGUAUUCCUUUUACAUAAAGGCUGCAGUAAGACUUUUAAGGUCAGCACUACAGUGACCGAUCCUAAACAUCUGAAGAAAGUAUCUUUUAUUAAUAUUGACAGUUAUGUUGCGGUUUACCUGCCUGACCAGUUUCUACAUUUGAUAAACACAAGACAUCCAGAAUUGAUGUGUUACCAUUUAUUUUUAGCAGCCGAGGAUGCCAGAAUUAGUGGCAUGUGCUGUGAUUGUCCCUUGCAGACGGUUCUGAAGACCCAUGUAGUUGAAUGCUGUACAGGAAUUCUGUUCUCAGUGUCCAUAAACCAAGAACAACUUUUAACAUUCCUGACAGAAAGCAGACGGGACUGUGAGCGCCUGGCAGCGCUACAUUGCUUCUUGUUACAUCUGGACCUUCAGCCACAGAUGGAGACUCAGCUCAUUGAAUGGAUCUGUGACAACCUCUCCACUUGUCUCAUAUUUGAUCCCAUACAGGAGUUUGUCAUUGCUUCCUUGCAUAGGUACCUGAGCAUGGAAUCCAUGUACCUGGAUAAGCUGUUGCCUUACACUUCAAUGCCUUUUUGGAGCCAGAAUAUAGAUGGCAUAUCUUGUACAUCCGACAUAACUGAUAUGCCAAUUCUGAAGGCUGGAAUAUUUAAAGGGUUUUGGAAAUUGUUUUAUUGUGAACUGGAACACAUGAAGCAAGCCCAGCAACGAUUUCUGUACAUUAACCACAUGCCAAGGAGGGAUUGGUGCAGACUGAUCUCUGAAGUGGAUACAGUAGAGAAGAGAAAUGAUGUGUACCAACGAAAUAUACUUGAGAAUGCUAAAAAAGUUCUUCGUAACAUGAGCACAAGGAAACAUGAUGGAAGAAUUGUGCCAUUAAACCAGGAAGAAGAUUAUCUACAGAAAGAUCUAAUGGGACUGAUGAUGGUGAAAUUAAAAGAUCAUUUGUCACAACAUCUUCAUCAUGUUGCAAAAAACAAGAUUGAGAAAAUUGUGUUGGACUUUGUCUGCAAACAGCUGGACCUGGUGUCUCAGAUUUUAGAGGUUGUUUGGAGAAAGCACGUUCUUGAUCCUGACGUUUUAUGCUUGGACAGGAGUGGAAGUUCUUCAGAGUAUUUUGCCUUUCAUGUCAUGUGCCGAAUUACAGACGCCACAAGCCGAAUGUGCAUGCCUCUACCUCCUGGUUUCCAGACACUGCACCUGGUCCUAGCAGUGCGCUGCCUUCCUCUAGGAAACCUUCUUCAUUACAUAGACGCAGGAGUGUUAACCUUAACGGAAACAUUUGUUGUUAAGCUCUUCAAAGAACUGGAUGAUAAUAAAACAAAUGAAAAACUGAAAUGUAGCAUAAUUCUGCGACUUCCAGAGAACAUUUGUGAAAAGGUACAUAACUUGUGGGAUUAUGCCAUCAGUAAUAAUGUCAUUGCUAUGAAGUAUGUGAAAAAGCUGCUCUUCAGAGUUCACCAAAGGGAGGUUUCUCGACAGUUACCGUCUGAUCGGUCUCCGCUAACCAUUAACUUUCUACCACUAAAUUACUUAAUAAUGAUGCUAUCAGAAUUGGAAGAUCGAGCAUUAAAUCCUUUUGAGGAAGAUAACAUAGAUGCUGCAUUUCUGGGAGAGAUCGCCUUAAAACAAACAGCUGAUCUACUACGCCUAUAACCAUGCUAGGCACUGGAUAAAAUAAUGCCACCGGCUCAGUGCAUAAAGAUGACAGCCAUAGUUCCUGUGACAAUUCUGUAGAAAUCCUGUUGUGCAACAUUGGCACUUUUUACGCCUGACAUUUCCUUUCUUUUUGGUCAGGCCUCUGGUUUCAUCUGACGUGCAUCUUGUUCCCAACCUGAUGAUACCAAGUGAUUUAUAUUACUGGCACAAUAUUUGUUUCAGUCAGCAAGUUGAAAGCAGAAGUGUGCCAGUAGCAUAAAAAAUGUACAGAAUAUUUAUUCCUCAUAGGAAUAUGAACUGGCAAAUUAUUUGCUCAGAAAAUGUUUACAAUUAUAGACACCACUUUUACAUUUUUAUAUGGCUCGAAUGUAACAAAGGAAUAAGAAUAAAUGUUGUUCAAAUAUAUUUACUAAGGCUAUAUCCCUCCAAUCUGCAUACUAGUAAAAUCUCAGUUGCCUGUUGCUGCCACUAGGGGGCAGAUCUAUAUGUGACUUCUGUUGAGGUCAAUAGAAGCUGUAUACAUGUCUGCAUUGGUCCUUCACUCAUGGUGAAAUGUAUAGAUUUUGGGAAGCACAAAAAAAUUGUGUUGUAGCAUUAUAUACAUAUCAAAGUAAUGCUCAAUGUAAUGUAUGCUACUAGUAAGGCAGGUAUUCUUUAACUUCUGAGGAAAAUGAGUUGCCAAUUUUUUCAUUUUCAGUUUUUACAGAUUUAAUGGUUUUAGAAUAGAUUUUUUUUUCUAUUAACCCCUAUGAAUUGUUCUACCUUAUUUUAAUGAAUACAGACAGACACCAACCACCCUUAGAGCCCAAGAUAAUUGUAACCUUCCCAUCAUGUUAUUGGUAGCCCUCUUAAACCUUUCAUGGAUUGUAGUUUCUGUGAGUGCUAGCUGAAGUCUGGUUUAUUUGGGUUAUUGUGCAUUUGGCCAUUUUUUCAAGGAUGAUCUUUUCUAAUGACUAUUUUGGACAAUUUUAGGGACUUAGAUACAUGGAUACAUUGUUAGAUGAGAGCUAGUUGUGUAUAUUAAUAAUUUAGUGUGGUCCAGUCCGUGAAAUGUUGCAAGACCUUAUUAAUUAAUGUACAUUCAUUCAGCACUGUCUGUGCAUGAUAAAAUAAGCACGGUCUUGGCAUGGUGACAGGACUGGAAUCUCUUACUAUGAAGAUAUUAUCAGGGAUGGACUGGCCAUAGACCCUACAAGGAAAUUUCCUGGUGGGCCAGUGCUCAUGGGGUCACCUCAGGCCUUUUCAUGGCUGCCAGCCAGGUACGUAACAGUAUGAUGCUUUUAAUGCUAAGAGCAUCAGGUACUUGUGUGGCUGGCGACUGCAGGUGCUCUCCUGAACUCAAUUGUAUCUCCAUCCUCAGGACGGUAAUACAGUUGAACACUGCAGUGGGGGUGGCAGUGUGUUGUGCUGCACUGUGAUAUUUGGUUCUGCUAGAGCGGUAUUUUGUGCUGCACUGUGGUAUUGCUGGCUCUGCCUACUUGUGUUGCUUCGCCGUUUGUCAGUUUGGACCCGCCUACAGCAAGGGGCUAAUUUUAGGGUUUUUUCCAGGGUAAGUUUAAGUUCCCAUUCUGUCCCUGAAUACCUUUCCUGUUGUUUUUACCAUUUAUAUAUUCUACUUCAUCAAGUGAUUCUCUUGGUCUUUUCUUACUGUCCACAGAAGUCUAAAUCCAUUGUAUUCCUGCUCAUAAGUUUUACUGUCUGCUUUCUUGCCAUGAUGAUCAGUACUUGCUGCUAACUCUGUGGUGUUAUGCUGGAUGCAUAUUUACUUUUGUAUUUAUAUUUACUAGGAAGUUUUUGAGUUUCUGUAAAGUUAAAGGGGGUUCUGCACUUUGUUUUAACUGAUGAUCUAUCCUCUGGACACCCGGGACCCCCG